GCGCUCAUACCAUGUUAUUUUCUCUAGCAGUGGUGGUGCUGGCGCCGAGCGUCGCUGCCUUCUACAUCAUGUGGCCGGCACAAGUUCUGCAGGGAACGAACCGCUCUGUUCAGUGGCAUGACGGUGUUCCACCAUAUGAGCUCGAUGUCGACAGUGUGCUGCCUCCCCUUUACCCAACGAAAAGGCUGUACACCUACGUUGGUGACGACUGGGCUGUGUAUUGGGUCAUAGAUGUGCUGCCAGGGACGGUCAUCCGGUACAGCGUCACGGAUUCUGCUGGAGAACAGUCCAACAGCUCGGAGCUAACUGUUCAGCCCAACCCCAUCUUAACUACAGCCUCUUUGAUGUCAAUAAGUUCAUUGGCUUCUGUGUCUUCAGUCAGCGUAAUUUCCACCAGUUCCACUGGUACUCCCAGUAAAUACUACAUACGCCUCAAAUUGGACAUCUCCACCCACUCAAACCCAUCAUCCACACUGUCUAAAACUUCCAACUCUCCAUCUCCAACACAAAAAUCUUCGGGAGGGAGCAGUAACACUAGAGUAAUAGUCGUAGGCGCUGUUGGGGGUGCGGUUGCCGUGUUGCUCAUCGGCCUUGGGGCUUUCUUCUUGUUAAAGCGACGAAAAGGUUAUUCCAGAGGGAGGGACGACGCGUUUGAAGAGCCCUAUACGAUUUAUCCCAUUGGUUACGCUCAAGUUGCCACCCAAAACGUUCCUUCACCCAGCAAGAAUACACCACUGGACGCUAUUCCGCCCCGGUUCCCGAGUGAUAUUGUGGGCAGUAUGAUGACUGCACCCACCAACGAGGAUGAGGAGUAUUACAAACGUGUUGUGAAGGGUGGGAGAAGUGGAUACAUUGGGCUCGGCGAUGCGAGGGAAUAUUCUUCGACACCUCCAGGAUCUGGCUGAAGCAUACAGUUUGCCAGCUCUUGCACUUGCUACCUCGGAUCUUCUCACCUUCCCACCAAUGUGGUUGAUCGAUCACGAUUUGUGGGUGAUAUGAUAGGGCAUAC